AAGAGGCAGAUGCAGCUGAAGGUGGUCAACUCGAAAUCGCGCCCAUCAGUGCUUCCGAAUCAUCAUCGAUCUCGUCAAAUUCGCCAACUUCUGUCAUUUCGGAAGCACCAAAUGUUUCCCUUACCAAUUCACCCGCCACUUCGCCUGCCUCGUCAUCUACAACCACCGAAGCUCAAGUUUCGCGUCAACGUAGCACCAUGAAGCGCAGUGCGGAGAAGCCAAUCUCACAGCGCCAAACACGCAAAAAGAACAAGAGGAAGCUGGGGCGGGAGACUGCAGAUAAAGGCGACAAGCGCCAGCCUCGUAAUCGGAGAUCGAAGACUACAUCGACAAUUGAAGAGCCCGUUCAGUCACGACGGUCAUCCAGGAGAGCUGCGAGUUCUCAAUUGUGGUUCUUGGGCGACAACGGCAAAGCUUGCUUGGUUGCAUCAUCUUCAAGGUGAGGGUCACGCUCACACAUUUUAGGGAAUUUUACGAACUUGAGCACCAGUCGGACUGAGGAGGCAUACCCGUUAACCUGGCAGGGCUGGGGGCAGCGGGCAGCUUUCUUCCUGCAGUAUCACCGACUACCAGCUAGCACUCCGCGAUGCAAUAUCUGCGUCUUCUAUUCAAACAUGGUCGUUAAUCUGACAGGGUCGGAGGCAGCGGCGCAGUUGAGAGUUGACCGCAGAAUUUGUAUUCAGGACAGGGCUGGUUCUGAAGGCAUGGUCGUUAUUCUGGCAGGGCUGGAUGCAGCGGCGUAGUCUUUGGAGGGCUCAAGAAUAAGAUUCCUUGAGAUGUGUGUUAUUUCGGUCUUGGUUACGGAUACGCUUGGGAAUGCGUUGGCGUCAUGGAAAAUUGUUGUCUAUCUUUACAUUUAGCAGGAUGAUACCCUUUUGUUUAUUGGAAUAGCGGAUAUAGUAUUGCAGUUUCAAUCAAGUCAAGGACUUAACAUGUCCCACGGAGCUGUUCAUAAUCUAGUGUAGGACAUACAUGGCAUGUUAUGUUU